CGACCAAGUAAUUUGUGUACUACAAGCCGUUUAGGAUUGACAACCUUAAUACAAAGUCGUUUAGACAGCAACCUGUAGUACAACCACGCUUCAAAGUCUGCAAAUAAUAUACCCAUUUUGGCUUGAAAAUUCAGGUUCCAAAUUCCAACACCCCGCCCAAUUUCCAGCCACAUAGCUUCUCUCUCUCUCUCUCUCUCUCUCUCUCUCUCUGAAACAUGCAAUCAACAACUCUUCACCUCUGCAAAACACUAACCAGCACAAACCAUCACGACCAGGUGGGGUUCCAUCACAGCCUUUCAACCCCACAAACCCUUUUCGCAUCCAAUCUCCCAACCCCAAGAAGCCCCAGAAGCCUCAUAAUCACUCAGACCCACAAACCCCACCCCCAAAACAAUUACACCACCUCUAAGGCUGUGAAGGGCAAGAAGGACAAUGUGUGGAGCGUGGACAAUGAGCUUGCUCAGAAAGACAAAGAGAAAACCACUAAAAGGAGGCCAAAGGGGAAGAGAAUGGUCAGGAGGAAGAGAACUAAGGCUGGUGCUGGUGGUAGCGUCUUGGUCUCUAGUGCUAUGCUAGUGGAGGUUGAGACUGUUCUUCAAACUCAGGAACCUGUAAUAAGGCCAAUGUGGAAUACAUUUGCUAGUAGUGUGAGUGGGAUAUGGAAGGGGGUGGGAGCAGUAUUCUCACCAAUAACUGCCGAAAUGGAGCCAAUUGACAUUGGAAACAAGAGUGAAAACUUAUAUGAUUGCUAUACUCUUUCUCACAUUGAGGCAGAGCCAUCCUCUUCUGGAGGAACAACAUCUCAAAUCCAUAGGAAGAUAAAUUGGGUGACUUUGAAUCCUUACGGCGAAAAACCAAGGCAUAUUGGUGGAAGUGAUAGAAGCAAAGAAGAGCAUGAAGCUGGGCGUGCAUCUUCACCCGCUAAAGAAAUGACUCAUGAGAUUGUACCAAGUCAUGUUUUGCCAAAAUUUGGGUCUUUUGACUUUAAAACAAGUGAUGUGAUGGAUGAAGAUGUCAUGGGCAGUGAACCUGGUCUUGUUUUCUUCGAGGAUGGAUCAUAUUCUAGGGGUCCUAUUGAUAUACCAAUUGGUGAAGUUGAUGAUUCCAAUUAUUACCUUUCUCCAACUUUUAAAUUUGAACAAUGUUUGGUUAAAGGUUGCCACAAAAGACUCAGGAUCAUCCAUACAAUAGAAUUUAAUAAUGGUGGUUCAGAUAUACAGAUAAUGAGAAUUGCUGUUUAUGAAGAAGAGUGGGUCAGUCCUGCUAGUCUUCCUGACCAAAGUGAACCAGACUUUGAUUUGAAGCCAUUUUCUCAGCGGAAGCGAACCCAGCCAUCGGAGCUGACUGGUUCCUGGAAGGUGUUUGAGGUUAGUGCUACUCCAGUAUUUGGUGAGGAGAUGGUGGUGGAAGAAAGCAAUGGCACCCCAUAUGUUUACCUUUGCACAGAAACUUUAAAGAAGAGGAGCUUGCCUGAAAAUCCAGUCUACUUUGGGGAGGAAGAGAUGCUGGACAUGCAGGAUGCGACUGUCCUUUGGCUUCCGGGUGGCAUCACGGGCUAUGUUGAUGUAAGCAAGGAAGGAAACCUUUGUAUUGGAGUUGGAUGGUACUCAGAUGAAGGAAUAAAUCUUGUUAUGGAGAGAGAUUAUGGGGUAGAUGGGAAGCUGAAGGAAGUUCGAUCAAAAACAGAGGUAAAGAGAAGGUGGUCUGACCCGCUCCCUAUGUAAAGUUUCUCUUGAAAACAAUUUUGGUUUGUAUUUAAUAGUAAUUGCUUGUAUAUUUGUUUAUGUCAAGGAAGCUAUGACAAUGUGAAUAUUAAGUUGUUCCAUACUAAUGCUUGGAAGUUUAGCUGGCCAAAAA